UGUUUAUUUUUGUUUUACAGGAAAAAUUUUGAUCGGUUUCAUGAGGAAGUGAGCAUUUUUAAAUAUUUUGCAAAUUUAAAUAAAUUUCAUAGUGUCAAAACUGCUAAGAUACAACUUCAACUACUUCCUUCUUCAGAACAGAUCAAAAGAAAGAAAGUGAUAAAGGAACAAGUAGUAAAUUCCAAUACUUCAUUUAAUUCGUCUACAAGUAGAGUCAAAAAUUCUUUCAAUAAAAAUAUGGUUAUGGAAAAUUUUGGGGCUCUCGAUAUCCUUAAUCCUUCGUCAAAUUCUAAAUUAAGUAAUUUGAAUGAACUGAAUGAUCCUUCAGAACCUCUUUGCAAACGAGAAAGAAGAUCAAACCGAAUUACCGGAUUGCAUGGGCAUGCUUAUCAAUUAAUAUUAUUAAUGUUUUUUCUAAUCCGUAGCAUAAUUAACAAAUACACUUUUCAAUUAACAACAGAAAAGAAAGACUUUGAAAAGUUUGAUGAUAUAAUUCUAGAAAUUUCCAAAAAUAAUACAAAAACUUAUCGUCUACUUCAGGUAAAACAUAAGGAAGAUGAAUCUGUAGAAAUAAGUUUUAAAGAUCUUUUCAAUAAACAUAACUUAAAAGGGGACUUCAAUUUAAUUAAAUAUUAUAGAUACUAUCAAAAAAUGAAAAAUUGUGAAUUUUUUAAAAAUUAUACCAUUGAGAAUCUAAUGAUUUGUACGAAUAUUGGAUUGAAAUUGGAUGACACGUUUACAUUAGCAGAUACAAAAAAAUCUGUUACAAUCAGAGAAUGUUUAACUUUAGUGCAAACGGAAGAUGAAAUUCUAGAUUUAAAUGAAAGUUUACUUAUAAAUUUAAGUAAAAAACCGCAACGAGUUAAAUUUAAUAACAAAAUAACUGAAAUACUUAAGCAUAUCCUAAAAGAAAAAGUGGAUGAAAAUUUUUUCAAACAUUUAGUGUUUGCCGUUGAUCAACCAAGUGAAAAAUUUCUAAGUAAAAUUAUUAAAAGAGAUUUGAGAGAGAAGUUAAACAUUAUUGAAGCUGACUACGUAUUCAAUUCAUUAUAUCAGUAUGUAUUAAGAUGGGCAAUGGGGUUUGGAAAUGAGUACAUUUCUAAUGAACAAAUAAAAAAGUUACUCGAAGAAAUGAAACAAAAAAUAUGUGAAUUAGAACUAGUUGGUAUAAACAAGAACUAUAGAAUAAACUUGGACAAAUUUGGAAUAGUCUAUAAUCUCAAUAAUAAUGAAAUUGUUGAUAUGGAAAACUUUCUUAAUUCUCAGAAACAAAUUCUCAAUAUCGAAACUAUUUAUACAAAUUUGAGCGUUAUUAAAGUUAAUCAAAUUUUAAGAACUAUAUCAAAAGAAAAUUAUUUAUUAAUGGAUGUAGAAUUUGCUUUAAAUCUUCAAAAUCGUCUAAUGCAAGCAUUUCGGGGUUCAACCAAUUUACUAGUAAUCGAAUACAAAAAUAUUAAUAACAGAUAUGGAACGGAAAUUUUUUGCAACAAAUUAUCUGAACUUGUUUUGGGCAAUACCACAAAAAAAGUAAUUUUUGUAGCACCUAGUAAUAAUUUUUUAAAUUCGAAAAUUCCAGCUGAUAUACGUCUUAAAAUAGAUUAUAAAAGUGAAAAUUUCACAGAUCUUACCAUUGGUUCAUUAAACAAUAUUUUAGAUAAAAAAAAUAUUGUAUUUCAAGGUAAAGAAAUUAAACUUAAAUCGAUCGUAUCAUUGGACAAUUUAAGACCGCUUAUAUACGGGGAAACGCUAUAUCAGUUAAUAAGUAAAAAAACUAUAGAAAUUGGUAGGGAGCUUGAAAGCCUUGGAAGAACAGAAAAAUACUACAUUAAAAGAAGAUUUAGUCGUAAAAUUAAUAUCAAGUUUCCAAAACGUGGUAAAAAUCCUGAAUUUGUAAUAAUUGAAAACUGCGAAAACUUAGACUUAGAUAUUCUUGAAGCAGAAUUGAGCAAAAGAGAGAACGGAGAAUUGAUUGUAAUUUCUGACACAAUUGAGCACUUUGAAAAACUUUGUGAAAAUUUUCAUCACCUAAACAUACAUUGGCUAAAGCAAACUGAAAAUCAAAAUUAUAUAUGGGUAAGAUCAAAAGGCUGUUUAAAAAAACUUCGUCAACUCAUAGAUACUAAAAUAACUUAUUUUACACCAAGUAAAAUUAGUGACAUUCAAGAAAAGGUAGUAAUUUUGACAGGAGAGCCAGGAAUAGGUAAAUCGACGGUCUUAACAAAAUUAAUAAUAGAAAUGAAAGGAUCAUUUUCUUCUUCUUGCAUUUUAAGAAUUAAUUUAUUAAAUUAUGUAGAUCUCUUUGAAGAUUGGACCUCAAAUCCAACAAAUUUUAAUAAGAAUGAAGUAUUAAAAUUCCUUUUCAACACAAUGAAUGCAUUUGAUAAAACUGGAAACCAAAAUUCUAUUUUUACAAAAUUUCUUGAGUCUCAUUCAAGCAACCAUAAUGAAAUAGCAUCAAAUAUUAUAAUAAAUGAAUCAUUUAAUUUUUUGGAAACAGCAUUGUGUAUGGAUUUUUUUAAGUACGGUAGAAUUAAUUUGAUAUUAGAUGGCUUCGACGAAAUUGCUCCAAACUAUAAAAAUAUUGUUAUUAAACUAAUUCAAAUUUGCAUAAAUUUUAGUAUAGAAAGAUUAUGGAUAAGUACCCGUAAUUACAAUAUCUUAGAUGAAUUAGAAGAUGCACUAUCCUGUUUCUCUUAUCAACUAGAACCAUUAAUACUUAAUGAACAAAUGGAAUACUUAAAAAAAUUUUGGGCAGAUGGUUUGAAUAUUGCAGAGCUUAAUGAAAAUCGUUUCAAAGUAUUUUUCAAUGAAUUGAUUAAAAUAUUUUCUGCUUCUAUUAGUAAUACUGAGGAAGAAUUUUUGGGUAUACCUCUACACACAAAUAUGGUUGCUCAUGUUACUCAAAAUAUAUUUAAAGAUUUUUAUGAAUCUGGAGAUGAAACAAUUUCUGAUUGCAUAAAGCAAAACUUGCAAAUUAAAUUAGACCUAUGUUCACUUUAUGAGGGUUUUAUUGAAACUAAAUUAAUAAAGUUUUUUGAGAAAAAUGACAUGAAAAUCAACUCACCAAUGACGCAAAAUAUAAUUCGGGAAAAACGCAAACAAUUUUUCCAAAGUCAUAUGAUAUUGGCUUUUUUUGAAAUAUUUUUAGAAAAAUAUAUAACAUAUUAUCUUUCCGAAAGUGAAAUUAAUAUGAAAAAUGACUUGGUGAAACAACUCAAAGUUGCUGAUGAAAAAAUAGGAAUCAUUGUUACAGUUGAUAACAAUCGACCACGUUUUAUUCACCGUACAUUUGCAGAAUAUUUCAUUGCACGCUAUUUGUGGGAGAAAUUCAAGUCAAUUUCAUAUAAUGAGUUCGAAAGUUUUAUGCAUAAAAUUUUACAUGGAAUUGGCGGUCAGAUUUACAAAUUUUUUCAAUCGAUUGCGCUUAAAGAUUUACUAAACAGAAAAAUUAAUAUAAUUGAAGAUCAACUUAAAUAUGAUUUUCUAUUUAAAGAACUUCUUGCUAGAAGCAUUUUAAAUAACUUCACAAAUAUAGAUAUAAAAGAUUUAUGGCAAUUGAUUGAAUGUACAUUAUUGAAUGGUAAUUUCAAUAUUUAUCUGAAUAAUACUGAUGCUAUUAACUGUAUCAAAAAAAAUAAUGAUGGUAUAAAUUUAUUAUGUAUUUUUGCUGAGCUCGGUUGUGUACAGCUUACAAAAAUUUUUGUUAAAAAAUUUCCUAUCGACUUUCUAAAAGAUAAUUUAAAGACCCAAAAAUGGAAAUCGAAUUCAGUGUGGAUGGCAGCCAAAAAUAAUCAUUUGCAAAUUGUAGAAAUACUUUCUCAAAAUUUACAUUAUAACUACGGGUGGUUUGAUAUGGACAAACAUACAUUUAUGGAUUUCUUAUUUAUAGAAAAAAAUUUUGAUAUAUUACGAAUAUUUUUGAAACUGAAUUUAUUAAAUAUUGGUAUGGAAUUUGAUUUAUAUGAUAUAAAACAGUUACCAUUAUAUCGAAGUAUAGCUUUAAAAGCUCCAUCAGAUGUGAUUAUGUUAUUGAUAGAGAAAACUGAUAUUGCAAGAUUGAACAAAUAUAUGCAUCAUACUCGAAAUAAUUAUAUAAGAACUUUGGUCACGAAUUUUGUGGAAUAUGAUAAAAAAAUUAUUGAAUUUGCAAUUCAAAAAGGUUUAGAUUUUUCAAAUGCUAUAAAUAUUUUACUUACUACUAACACUAAAAAUUUUGACAGUCAAAUGAUUUCUUGUAAUUUACCUGAUUUGAUAAAAAAAUUAUUAGAAUGUGGUAUAGGUUAUCAUCAUUUGGAUGUACAACAGGGUAUUGGGACUUUGCAAUAUGUUCAAAAUCUGAAUGACAUUUUUAAUCUUUUAAAUGAAGUAAGAAAAUUUUGUGAAAAAAGUUAUGAAAAAUAUGAUCCUGCCCAGGUAAUAAUGAAACUAAUUAUAGAUGGUAUUACAAAUUCUGCUAAAUUUAAAGGAUUUGAAAUCAUUUUCACUGAACAUGAAUUGUGUUUACAAUAUGACAUAAACCAAAAAAUUCAAUUGGUUUCAGGUGAUAUAGCCAAAGAUUUAUAUAUUCUACAGAAAAACAUAUGUUUCAAAAAUGUUUCUGUUUCUGAAACACAAAAUUCUAGUAAAUUGUUAAAAAUUAUUCUAAAAGAGAAAGCACUAAGAAAAUAUUUUGGAAUUAGCCCAUUUAGUUACUUUUACUCACGACAUCUAAGAGGCGAUAAAAUUAGGGAAAAAGUUAAAAAUUUUGUGAAAUUUUUAGGUGUAAUUGAAGAAUUUCAAAAUAAAAUUUACGAUACUGAUAAGAAUAUUUCCGAUGCCAAUAUAAUUCGAAAAAUAUUUCAAAUUGAAAAUAUCGAAAUUAAUCAUGAAUUACUGGAUUUAUCAUCUAUAAUAUUUUUAAAUGGUAAUAUAAGUGUACUAAAUCAAAUUUUCGAAGAAUUUAACGCAAACGAUUUACAAGUGAUAAAUAAUUUUAAAAUAUUGUCCGAAAUUCGAGAAUUUUUAUAUGGUAUACACGAAUCAUAUAUCAAUUUUCUUCAGAAUAUUAAGAAUACAGAAUCUUUAUAUAAUUCAUUACAAACUAAAAAUAUUGAGAACUUAAAUUAUUUUAUAAAUGCUGAAAAUGAUGAGAAUGGUACACUCUUAUUUUAUUCUAUUUAUAAUAAUGAUUUUAAAAGCACUGCACUCUUAUUAAGUUUGGGUGCCAACCAUAAUCUGUGCUUAAAAGAAAAUAUGUAUUCGUUUUUAAAUUGUACAAAAGAAUAUUAUGAAGAGAAUUAUAAAAAUUGUACGAUAUUACAUUUAGCUUCUGAGAAUGAUGCAAUAGAAAUUUUAAAAUUUUUGCUAGACAAUCGAAAAUUUUUAAAUGUAAAAGAUUUUCAUGAAAGAACUCCUUUACAUUAUGCAGUUCGAAAAGGAAAAUAUAAAGCGUUUAAAUAUCUGGUAGACUAUAUGUCCGAUGAAGUUUAUGAAAACGAUAUUUAUGGCAAAAAUAUAUUGCAUUACGCUUGCGAAUUCGGAUUUUUAGAUAUUGUAAGACACUUAAUAGAAGUAAAAAAUUUUCAAUGCAAUUCUCAAAAUCUUUAUGGUAGAAUACCGAUCUGUUGCAGUAAUGAACAAUACAAAAUUAUAGAUUAUAAGUCUAAAAACGAAAUUGACGCAUUUGAUUAUCAUAUUCCAAAUGAAACUUUCUUACAUAUUACUGCUGGCGCUGGUCAUUUUCAUAUUAUCAAAUAUUUAAUAGAAGAACGUAAAUUUAGUAUGUAUGACAAAGAUAAGUUUGGAAGAACGCCUAUACAUUACGCAAUUGAAUCAGAAAAAAUUGAAAUACUUGAUUAUUUUCUUGAAAUGAUAAGUUCUAAACAUAAGAAUACAGAUAAUAAUCAUAAAUAUAUUUAUGAUAUUUUCAUACCAAGUCUAUUGUAUUGUGCUGUUGAGAUGGGUAAUUUAAAUAUCAUAAAGCAUUUGAUUGAAAAGAUGAAACAAGAAAAUUCAAAAAAUGAAAAUUGUUUUAAAAGAAAUUUAUUACAUUGCGCUGCUCAAUCAGGUAAAAUUGAUGUCUUACAGUAUAUUAUGGCAAACUUUCCCGAUAUUAAAUUUAAUUCAGUGGAUAAAUACGGGGAUACAAUUAUACAUUAUGCCACAUUUAGUGGAAAAUUGGAAUUGGUACAAUAUCUUAUUGAAAAUGAAAUUUGUGAGCCUAAUUCGAAAAAUUAUCAAAAUGAAAUACCUUUGCAUUAUGCAGCUAAAUACAAUGCUUUUGAAAUUUUAAAAUAUUUUAUAGAAGAAUUAAAAAUUGAUCCGAAUAUAGAAAGUCUUUGGAAUAAAAAUACUUUACAUUAUGCUGUCUUAUCAGGAAGCUUAGAUAUUGUAAAGUAUGUCGUUGAAAAAAGUGACGUUAAGUCUAAUACUAAAAAUUAUUGUGGGGAAACAGUUUUAUAUGAUGUUAUUCGUUUUGGAAAUUUGAAUAUUCUAAAAUAUUUUAUGGAAAAUAAAAAUUUCAGUUCCGAUAUUAGAAAUACAUCAAAAGAAACACUCUUUCAUUGCGCAGUUCAAAGCGGAAAAUUAGACAUCGUUAAAUAUUUAAUAAAAAAACAACUUGAUGUGUAUGCUAAAAAUCUUGAUGGUAAAACUAGUUUACAUUUUGCAUCUGAGUCGGGCAACUUAACAAUUGUUAAAUAUCUUGUAGAGGAAACUACUUUAAACACUGAAGCUCUUUGUAUAAAUAAUGAAACUCCUAUGCAUUAUGCUAGUCGCAUUGGAGCUUUAAAUAUAUUAAAAUAUUAUAUAGAAAUAAGAAAUGCAAAUUUUAAUAUCAGGAAUAUUAAUGAUGAAACCAUUUUACAUAGUGCAGUUGAAGGAGGCAAAUUAGAAAUUGUAAAAUAUUUGUUAGAUAAAAAAUAUUUCAAGCCUAAUAUUAAAACUUUUAAUGGUAGAACAUUGUUACAUUAUGCAGUUUAUUCUGAAAACUUAAACAUUGUUAAAUAUUUUGUAGAGAAUAUUAAUUUAAAUAUAAAUGACAUUGACAAAUAUGGAAGAACACCUUUAGAUUAUGCAAAUGAGAGUGAAAAUGAAAAUUUGAUUAAUUUUCUUCAAAAUAAAUUACAAUAUAAUAAUGACAAUAUAAAAUAUUAAACAAUAGAACUAAUAGAACCCUUAAACUAUGUAUAAAUGUAUG